CGGAUGAGGGCUGGUUCCUCUUUUCACACACUGUGAGAUGCGCACAGCUCCAACUUCCUCAUACAGCUCAGUGCGCUGCGCUCUGCCGCCCUGUCCGCAUCUCCAGCCGAACCCGCAGAAAAACUACCGAGAAGAGAUGGAACCAACGAAGAAGAAAUGAGGAAUAUUCUUCUCCGAGUCUAGAAGAGAAUAUACAACCGAAACAAACAAGAGUCGAGGUGAUUGGUUGAAGCGCGGAGCACCAUGGGCUGUGUGGGCUCAAAGAAGGAGUCAGAGCCUCUCAGCAAAGGAGCGGCUAUUGACGAGCAGCAGAACCGUUCACAGCAGGCUGCCCACUAUGUCAAAGACCCCACCACCGGGAACUCCGGGAACAAGGCUAGCAAAAUGCCAUCCAAUACAAACUCUUUAGAAGAGAGUAUUGCCAUGGCACUGUACGACUAUGAGGCCAUUCAUGAAGCUGACCUUGGCUUCAAAAAGGGAGACAAGCUCAGAAUCUUAGAGGAAUCGGGGGAGUGGUGGAAAGCAAAGCUCAUCAGUACAGGUCAGGAAGGAUUCAUCCCCAGCAACUAUGUGGCCAAAGAUACUCUGGAAGCAGAGGACUGGUUCUUUAAGGGAGUCAGCAGGAAAGAUGCUGAGAGGCAGCUGCUGGCCGCUGGGAACAAAGCUGGAUCCUACAUGAUCCGAGACAGUGAGACUACCCAGGGCAGCUACUCCCUGUCUGUCAGGGACGGGGACGUCAGGAGCGGAGACACAGUGAAACAUUAUAAGAUCCGUACGCUGGACAAUGGAGGGUUCUACAUCUCUCCCCGCAUCACCUUCAGCACCCUGCAGGAGCUGGUCAGCCAUUACAAGAAGCAGGGAGACGGUCUCUGCCAAAACCUGACACACCCAUGCUUGAGCCCUAAACCUGAGAAACCGUGGGAGAAAGACGCUUGGGAAAUCCCCAGAUCAUCCCUGAAACUGGACAAGAAGCUCGGUGCCGGGCAGUUUGGAGAGGUUUGGUUGGCUACAUACAAUAAGCACACCAAGGUAGCAGUGAAGACCAUGAAGCCUGGCAGCAUGUCGGUGGAAGCCUUCAUGGGGGAGGCCAACCUCAUGAAGUCCCUGCAGCACGACAAGCUGGUCCGCCUCAACGCUGUGGUCACCAAGGAGGAGCCCAUCUAUAUCAUCACCGAGUUCAUGGAGAAAGGAAGUUUAUUAGACUUCUUAAAGAGUGAUGAGGGAAACCGUGUCCAGCUGCCCAAGCUCAUCGACUUCUCGGCCCAGAUCGCAGAGGGCAUGGCUUUCAUUGAGCAGAGGAACUACAUCCACAGAGACCUGAGGGCUGCCAACAUCCUGGUCAAUAAGGCUUUGGUGUGCAAAAUUGCCGAUUUUGGCCUCGCCCGUAUCAUUGAGGACAACGAGUACACAGCCAGAGAAGGAGCAAAAUUCCCCAUCAAAUGGACAGCCCCUGAGGCCAUCAACUACGGCUCUUUCACCAUCAAAUCAGAUGUCUGGUCCUUUGGUAUCUUGCUGACUGAGAUUAUCAGCUAUGGACGCACACCAUAUCCAGGGAUGACCAACCCGGAAGUGAUCCGUGCCCUGGAGAAGGACUACCGGAUGAAACGCUUUGACAGCUGCCCCGUGGAACUCUAUGAGAUCAUGCUUGAGUGCUGGAAGAACAAGCCUGAGGAGCGUCCCACCUUUGAGUACCUGCAGAGUGUCCUGGAGGACUUCUACACGGCAACAGAGAGCCAGUAUCAGCAGCAGCCAUGAGUCUUCUCUGACAGUGCUGUUCAGUCUCACAGCAGGUCCACUUCCUACAGUGCAAUUCCAAGCAUGUUCUCUCUUUUCUGUUCCUCUUUUGUACACACACAACCAUCAUAACAAGGGACUGUACAAACAUUAUUGGGGAGGGUUGAAAGCAAGCUAAACAUUACUGUACAUUUUUUUCAUUUGGCCCUCAUUCCUUUGAAUGAGAACAUUUAAAGAUAUAUGACUACAGAAUAAAAAAUGCAAAAACAAUAUUUCCAACAUAUCCUUUAUUAUUAUUACUAAUGCAUUAACAUUUUGAGAUAACAUUAUUACCUCAUACUCUUACACUAGUCUGAUGAUCUGAAGGCGUGAAUAUAGGUUAACAUGACCACAGCUGCAUCAUCUCUACUGGAUAUUUAUCUGCACCAAACUGACCGUAAAUCAUCGGUUUCCUUCACAGAUAUCAAAAACACAUUCCACUGAAAUUUAAAGAUUAACAUUCAUAAACAUAUAUAUAAAUAAUGCAUAAGUGAUUAGAGACUAGUGUGACAAAAACAACAGGUAUAAAUAAGCAUCAAGGAGAAUGUUAGUAUGUGUGCUUAGAUAAGCUCUAAUACUGAAAAGGCAAGCACAUCGAGAACGGUAUUUUUCACAAAUUGGAAAGGGAAAGCUGUAUUUGAAACAAAUCUGACCCUACAUUGUGUUGUAAAAUAUUCUGACUGCUAUUUUACUAUAUAUAAAUAUAGUAAAAAAAUAACAAUAUAAAUAGUAGAUCCCAUUUCUCUACCCUGAGCCUUUUAUAAUGUACGUACAGUCUCUUGUAAAAUAAUACAGCUCUGGAAAAAAUAAGAGACCACUCCAGAUUGUUCUUAAAUCUCAAUCUCUACAUAUGGCAGCCAAUCCAGUCUCUGUUGAAUUCCAACACAGAGAAAUGUUGUCAGUAGUUUAUAGAAUAAAAUGUUAAAAAAUGUCAUUAUACCCAAACACAUACCAGUAAAACCAGAGAGACUGGUAAUGCUGCAGUGGUCUAUUGUUUUUUUCCAUAGCUGUAUGUCUAUAUUCACAAACAAACAAGGACACCUGAAUGCAGUCACAUGGAAGACACUGGAUUUAGUUGCUGUGCUCCAGCACACAUUGUGCAUCCAUCUCUAUAUCUCUAUAACACAGAUGUUAUGAGGAAAUGUGUGAAGCGGUCUGAUAAUACUGUGUUUAUGCCAACCAUUCAGCUGUCACUGUCCCCUCCUCUCUGGUUUAAUGUGCAGUGUUUACCAUGUGAAAGGAGUGUGUGGACUUUACAAAGUGCAAGAUAUACUGUGUGCUUUAAUCUUCUAUUAAUACACCGCCCGGCCAAAAAAAAAGUCACAAGCCUGUGGGGGCAGUGCUAUGAUCUGGGGUUGCUGCAGUUGGUCUGGUCUAGGUUCAGCAACGUGCCCAAAGAAUGAGGUCAGCUGACUACCUGAAUAUAAUGAAUCACCAGGUUAUUCCAUCAAUGGAUUUUUCUUCCCUGAUGGCACGGGCAUGUUCCAAGAUGAUAAUGCCAGGAUCCAUCGGGCUCAGAUUGUUAAAGAGUGGUUCAGGGAGCAUGACACAUCAUUUUCACACAUGGAUUGGCCCCCACAGAGUCCAGACCUGAACCCGAUUGAGAAUCUUUGGGAUGUGCUGGAGAAGACUUUGUACAGUGGUCUGAAUCUCCCGUCAUCAAUACAAGAUCUUGGUGAAAAAUGAAUGCAAGACAGAAAUAAAAGAUGUGACAUUGCAGAAGCUUGUGGAAACAAUGCCACAGCGAAUGCGUGCCGUAAUCAAAGCUAAAGGCGGUCCAACGAAUAUUAGAGUGUGACCUUUUUUUUGGCCAGGCAGUGUAUAUUUCCAUUAUGUUGUGGAUUGUUUUAGCCAUACUCCUUCAAUGUGCCUUUUUUAAGGUGUUGUCUCUUUUAAACAUUUAUAAUAUAUUCCACACGCGCUGUAUAUAUAAGGUCUGUACAAUUUAGGAAUAGCAUUUAAUGUGAAGCCAUAUUAACCAAUGAUGCUUUUUUCCCUUUCCGCCCAUUACUUUUGUGGUGCUGUAUUUGGGAUCUAAAUGAAAAAGCAGUGCAUAUACUGUAGAUCCACACAUCUGGCCUUCUUUUAUUCUGAUUUAAAAAAUAAUUUAUUUGUGAAAAUGGAACAUGAGUGUAUCUUGAAUGCAGUGAUCUUUCCAGAAGGAAACACUUUUUCUAAACAUUUUUAGUGAAGGACUCAUUAAGGCCUUCUCAGCUUUUUUUCCUACUUUGUUUGGAUGAUGGGAUUCUUGCAGCAAAAUCCUGUCAAAGGGAAUGUAUUUAAUAAUCUAAGAUUUUGUACAAUGACUGAUGAUUGUAUCCUUCUGAGUUCUGUGCGAUACAAUAUCUGAGAGGAGGGUGAAAAUAUUAAAUCAAUGUCCUGUUCUAUAUACGAAUUCAUCCGGUUUCUAAAGGUUUUUUUGUUUUUCUUUAACAAUAUAUCAAUAGUGGCAUAUUUCGUGUGAUGCUUUGUUCAAUGCAUCUCUGGAGACCAUAUUUCAAAUAAAACAAUUUAUAAGCA